AUGGAAUUCGAUCCGGAGACCCCUCAAUACCUCACAUCCGACUCGUCGAGCUUUGCCUCGGUCUCGGCUAACGAGCGAUGGCCCGUUAUCAUUACUGGUGCCAUCGACGAUCUUCACCGAACAGUGAUAUCAUCCAAUGAUACCGAGAAGGAGAAUGAGGGAAAGAGCAUUAUUGCGAACCUGGCCAAAUUGAAGUAUGAGCUGCAGCACAACCGCCAAUUGACGCCCAUUGAGGACGACGGUCACCCAGAUAUUGCCUCUUAUAACCAGGAGCUGGAGCAGCGUGGAAACCCGGUCUGGCACAAUGCGCCUUGGCUUUACUCCGAGUGCUACCUUUACCGCCGCAUUGAGAGUUUCUUUGCGCUGUCUAAGCACUGGAAGGGAUACGAUGUCUUCGCCCGCCAGAAGAUGUCAACUUUCAAAUCAUCUCGCCCAGCCGUCCUCGAGCUCGCUGCCCGGUACCGUGAAUUGGCUCUAGAGGCCGAGAGUGGCAAAGGGUCCGAAGGCAAAUCUCCCGAGGAGAUUGAGGCAGCCGAGAAGCUUCUUUUCUCGGAGAUGUGCGAGAUUUGCCUGUGGGGUAAUGCUACUGACCUGUCCCUCUUGACCUCCUUGACAUAUGAGGAUAUCCAAAAACUUCAGGGCUCUGAGGCCCGCAAAGCCUCUCAGAGCAACAUUCUUGUCAACGACCUCGAUGCAGCCUUUGCAGUCAUGCAGAAGGCGCGCAGAGAAAAGAAGGACGGUGAGCGCCGCGUCGAUAUCGUCCUCGAUAACUCUGGCUUCGAGCUGUUCGUCGACCUGAUCCUGGCCGGAUACCUGCUGUCCACCGGACUGGCAACGACUAUUGUUCUCCACCCCAAGCGUCUUCCCUGGUUCGUGUCCGAUGUCACACCGAAGGACUUCUCCGACCUCCUCAACUGCAUGGUCGACCCCCAGGCUUUCUACACUGCCCCUGACGACUCGGGCAAGACUUUCCCGCCACUUUCAGAUAAGGAGGUCUCGGAUGUCCGCUUCCUCUUCGAACAAUGGAGCGAUUUCCACCAAGAUGGCAAGUUGAUCGUGCGCCCUCACGCAUUCUGGACCACCCAGGGCAGCUACUGGCGUCUGCCACAUGUGGCCCCUGAAUUGUUCGAUGACCUGAAAGAGAGCGAGCUUGUUCUCUUCAAGGGAGACUUGAACUAUCGCAAACUGGUCAACGAUGCUGAAUUGGACCCCACGACCGCCUUCACAACAGCCAUCGGCCCCAUGGGCCCCAAAUCCGGUAUCCGUGUACUUGCUUUCCGCACUUGCAAGGCUGAUACCGUUGUUGGUCUCCCUGCCGGCGUGGACGAGAAACUUCGGCAGCAGCCUGGUGGAGGUGAUGAGAAGGUUCGCAAGUGGGCUUGGAGCGGUAAAUGGGCUGUUGUGUCGUUCUCUGACGGCAAGGCCUAA